AAAAUCAAUCAUUACCUUUGGGCACUAUUACAUCUAUUGUUAUAUGCACCUAAAUUUGGCUCCCUAGUCAUGGCGAGCCUGACGACCUCCCGUACGAGCCGUAACAAGCAGAACGCCUCUUCGGGCGAGGACAGGCUUUUGCAUAUCUCCGGGUUUGGCAAAGAAGAAAAAGGGUUGCUGCGAGGCGCACGAGAUGAUGGACGGGCUAUAUUAAAGGUUAGGACGUCCCGCCUUCAGGUCUAGGAGUGUUCAGCCAGAGUGACAGUCAGAAAAGGUAAUCUCUAUAUCUUCCUCUCAAUCAUAUUUCGGAAGAGUUGAGUCCUAUUUGUCUAUAUAUAUCCCCCUCUAUCAUCUUUCUGUAUCUUGAGCACGGUGAAAUAUCCUUGAAAAUGACUACGCCAGACGAUCCUCAGGCCAAGGUUUAUUCUCACAUAAACGGUAGAGAAAACGAUAUCCUAGCUAGACUAGCUGUGGCCGAAUUAUGCAAGGGCUGGCCCAUAUAUCGCGAUGCAUCGGAAUGGAAGAAUUUCCGCUCCCUUUUCUCUGAUGACGCGUUCGUUUGGACGACAUGGAGUAAGCGUCAGCCCAUUGACAGCUUUAUUCAAAAGUCGAAAGAGGGAAAGUCAAACGGCGACUUCAUCAUGCAUCGCGAAUGCGGUACUCUCGUAGAGCUCAACUUGUCGACGCUCCGAGCAGUUGGCAAGAUGAAGGCAACUAUAACCCAACGAUUUAAGAUGGGAGAGAGCGGCGGCGUAGGACUCGAACCGGUCAUAUUCGACGUGGACUGCGACUGUCGGUUUCACUUCUUCUGUUUCCGUGACUCGGAUGCCAAUGCUUGGAAAGUUAAGUACGUCAAGCUAAUAUACGAGAAAGACAAGAUUGUUCCUGUCGACGGCAAGGCUUCUCCAAGCUUCCCCAAGGACGCACUCGACAGGUACCCAGAAGGGUAUAAGUAUCUUGGUGCAGCUCAAAGCAUACUCGGACACGAUAUCGACGCUUCUCUCCCAACUAUUCAAGGUCCGGAAUCUGGGUCUUUAGAUAUAGCACGGUUGGAAUUAUACGAGAAGAUGGAGCAAUGGCUCGAUGGCGCAGAUGACAUUGACCUUUCAACGAGUCACGGCCGCAGAGAGAUCAAUGGGAAGGAUACACAUAACGGGCAAAAAUGAUGAAGAGGAAGAUUGAAGACCGUAUGAUUCACAACCUAAGCUACCCAAUAUGGAGUGUGGCUGGACGUGGCACGGAUACAGCUUGAUGGUACUUGAAUAUUUCUAGAAUUAGCCAGGGAUCAAGAUUGUUAGAAACAUGAUAGCUAAGAAUGUCGAUAGACGAAUUGGAUUAAGCAUUACACGCA